UGCUGUUGAGCAUCUCAGCUCCGCCGUGCUUAGACUGGAGCUGCGCUUUGUUCCGGGCACCUGCAUCUCUACCCUCCCGCGUCUGGUCCAUGCUUCUCUCUCCCUUCAUGCCCUUCCUAAGUCGCUGAGUCCCCGAACUGCCCUUCUCCCUCUGCUUCUACACUUGUAGCCCAGCACCUUUACCGGAUCCGGUUUGCUUUUUUUUUUUUUUUUUUCUUUCUCCUCCCAAGGCCGGGGUCUCUCUGCCAGGCCCCGCCCCUCCAGGCCUGGCAUGUCCCCUGCUGCCCAGCGCCCAUGGUCCUGACGCUGCUCUUCUCCGCCUACAAACUGUGUCGCUUCUUCACCAUGUCAGGCCCACGGCCGGGCGCCGAUCGGCUGACAGUGCCCGGACCGGAUCGGAGUGGUGGCGCCAGCCCAUGGUGGGCUGCGGGCGGUCGUGGGUCUCGCGAAGUGUCGCCCGGGGUGGGCACUGAGGUGCAAGGCGCCCUGGAGCGUUCGCUGCCGGAGCUGCAGCAGGCGCUGUCCGAGCUGAAACAGGCAAGCGCGGCGCGGGCUGUGGGCGCGGGCCUCGCCGAGGUCUUCCAGCUGGUAGAGGAAGCCUGGCUGCUGCCGGCCGUGGGCCGCGAGGUGGCCCAGGGUCUAUGCGAUGCUAUACGUCUGGAUGGUGGCCUCGACUUGCUGUUGCGGCUGCUUCAGGCACCGGAGCUAGAGACCCGUGUGCAGGCCGCGCGCUUGCUGGAGCAGAUCCUGGUGGCUGAGAACCGGGACCGCGUGGCGCGCAUUGGCCUAGGCGUGAUCUUGAACUUGGCGAAGGAGCGCGAGCCUGUGGAACUGGCACGAAGCGUGGCGGGCAUCUUGGAGCACAUGUUCAAGCACUCGGAGGAGACGUGCCAGCGGCUGGUGGCGGCCGGAGGCCUCGACGCGGUGCUGUACUGGUGCCGUCGCACAGACCCGGCGCUACUGCGCCACUGCGCUCUUGCGCUGGCGAACUGCGCGCUGCACGGGGGCCAGACGGUGCAGCGGUGCAUGGUGGAGAAGCGCGCCGCCGAGUGGCUCUUCCCGCUCGCUUUCUCCAAGGAGGACGAGCUGCUGCGGCUGCACGCCUGCCUGGCGGUGGCGGUGUUGGCUACCAACAAGGAGGUGGAACGCGAGGUCGAGCACUCCGGCACAUUGGCGCUUGUCGAGCCGCUCGUGGCAUCGCUGGACCCCGGCCGCUUCGCCCGCUGUCUGGUGGAUGCCAGUGACACAAGCCAGGGUCGUGGACCAGACGACCUACAGAGCCUGGUGCUGUUGCUCGAUUCGUCGCGUUUGGAGGCUCAGUGCAUAGGAGCAUUCUACCUGUGCGCAGAGGCUGCCAUCAAGAGCCUACAGGGAAAGACCAAGGUGUUCAGCGACAUCGGCGCUAUCCAGAGCCUGAAACGCCUGGUUUCUUACUCUACGAAUGGCACCACGUCGGCGCUGGCCAAGCGCGCGCUGCGCCUAUUGGGCGAGGAGGUGCCAAGGCGCAUCCUGCCCUGCGUGGCCAGCUGGAAGGAAGCUGAGGUCCAGACCUGGCUACAGCAGAUCGGCUUCUCCCAGUACUGCGAGAAAUUUCGGGAGCAGCAGGUAGAUGGUGACCUGCUUCUAAGACUCACAGAUGAAGAACUCCAGGCAGACCUAGGCAUGAAGUCAAGCAUCACUCGCAAGAGGUUCUUUAGGGAGCUCACGGAGCUCAAGACCUUCGCCAGCUACGCUACUUGCGACCGCAGCAACCUAGCGGACUGGCUGGGCAGCCUGGAUCCUCGCUUCCGCCAGUACACCUAUGGCCUGGUCAGCUGCGGUCUAGACCGCUCCCUGCUGCACCGCGUGUCAGAGCAGCAGCUCCUGGAGGACUGUGGCAUCCGCCUGGGGGUGCACCGCACGCGCAUCCUCUCUGCAGCCAGAGAAAUGCUACAUUCCCCGCUGCCCUGUACUGGAGGCAAGCUCAGUGGAGACACCCCAGAUGUCUUUAUCAGCUACCGGAGGAACUCAGGGUCCCAGUUGGCCAGCCUCCUGAAGGUGCACCUGCAGCUUCAUGGCUUCAGCGUCUUCAUCGACGUGGAGAAGCUGGAAGCCGGCAAAUUUGAGGACAAGCUUAUCCAAAGCGUCAUGGCGGCUCGCAAUUUUGUCCUGGUGCUGUCUGCUGGGGCGCUGGAUAAGUGCAUGCAGGACCAUGAAUGUAAGGACUGGGUGCACAAGGAGAUUGUGACUGCUUUAAGCUGUGGCAAGAACAUUGUGCCCAUCAUUGAUGGCUUUGAGUGGCCUGAGCCUCAGGCGCUGCCUGAGGAUAUGCAGGCUGUACUCACCUUCAACGGCAUCAAAUGGUCCCAUGAGUACCAGGAGGCCACCAUCGAGAAGAUCAUCCGCUUCCUGCAGGGCCGUCCCUCUCAGGACUCCUCUGCCGGCUCGGAUACCAGUUUGGAGGGAGCUACGCCAAUGGGUCUGCCUUAACCUGUCCCCAGUUCCCACGCCCUACUGUGACUCCUGAUUCAGUUCCCUGCCUUUAAAGGAAUAGCUCCUCUAGAUGCCACCCUGACUGAGGCAGACCAGACUGUUCUCAGGCAAUGGCUUUCCCAGCUGCCACCCUGUGGCCCACUUCUAACCCAGAGAUGCCAGGCACAGGUUAGAUGAGAGGACACUCCUGUGUCAGGCCCUGCCAUCAGGUCUCAGCUCCCAUGCAGAACCAUGUCCCUGCUUAGUUCUGGACACCCAAGACAGAGGAAGGACAUUUCCCCAUCUCCUGACCUGAGAGCAGCCAGCUUGAGUAAGGUGAGGUUGCCAGUCUCCCAUAAGGGUCAAUACAACACCUGGAUCCCCAAACCUGUGCUCAGGAGGAAGCUGGGGCUAAGAAUCCCCCAAGGCUAUCUACUCACAUUGUGCCUGGACCCAGGCUCACCUGGCUUCCUCCUGCCUCAUGGUUUUGCUCUGUAACUACCUGGUACCCCUUCUAGACUUCUGGCAGCCUCCUUUGGCAUAUUGGGAGUCAGGUGUGGCUGAACCGGCCCUCUGCCUGGCCUUGUUGCCCCUCCUGGUGCAAGAAAAGGUCCUUUGCUUAUGCGAGGAGGCCAUAAGAGCUCACCCUAGCCCAAACCUCUGUGCGUGCCUAAGGCUCUUGCCUAGCCUGCUCCAUCUGGCUUCCCCAGCUCCUCACCCACACAGGGCUUGUCACCCACCUGCUCAGGGAAGCCCCAACAACACCAGUGGCCUGAGCAGAACCUGCACCAUGGGGAAAAAAGCAAGCCAUUCACAGGCAAGGGCUAAUUCCUGGGGCAGUUUCUCCCACCGAAGCAUGUCAAAUCCAUUGGGAAUCUUGUCAAAAUUCACAGCAGGCCACCUGGGAGGCGCCUGGGCAUUUUUCAGAUUCCCAGGAGAUCUGAUGAAAGAGAGCCCUCACCAAUCCAGCCAUUCCAAACACCCCAAUCAUCACAACAGCCUUUUCCAGUCCUGUCUCUCCAGUUUUACAGGGCCGAGUGGCUGAGUGAUGGGAUCAGGCCCCCAAGUUAUUGGUGGCAGCCUCAGGAUCUUGCCUUAGUCCUGGUACCCAGCACUGCAGUGUCCAGAUCUGUUCUCCUGAGACUCAUCCAAGAGGCUGUGGCCCACACUUGGUAGCUGCCUCUCCCUGGCCACAAAGAACUGAGCAGUGCAGGGUGGGUCUUGACUAAAAGGUGGAGCUAAGGGCAUACAGAAAUAACUGAGCAGGAUUGUCCCAUGUCCCUCCCUCCACUAGACAAGAAAGGCAAGAAAGCUGGCUCUUGCCAUUACCCAGGCUCAAGCUCAGAGAGCUGGCACCACCCUGCUGUCGUCUUCUGGAGGCCAUGGGGUCACACCUCUCCUGAGGCUAGCCAGGUGACUUGCCCUUGGCCCACAUUAUCAGAGAGCCAAAGGGCUUUCUCUCCAGGCCUGGGGACAGUUUUCUCCUACCGUCCAUCUUCCAUGGGUCAUGGCUGGCCUCUGGCUGUGACUAUUUGCAGUUUUGUCACCAGGAAAAACCCCACAUCCUAUUCUAAGGUGAGGCAGAUGGAAUGGUAUCCUUGAUGACAAAUUCAAUGACAAUACAGUGUAUGAGUUCACCCUAA